CAAUUUCAUACAAAGCGACUUCGUCAUCUUAGGUUACUGGACGGGCCACCACGACUACUACGAUCACACUGCGGUUGAAAAUCCAGGCUGGGGACUUGAUAUGAGAAGGAACUUGGAUGUAGCGUACGAUCUUCAUGGGCAAUACUCCACUGACGUUUUCACGGCAGAAUCUGUCAAGUUGAUCAACGAGCACAACAAGAGUCAGCCUUUGUUCCUCUAUCUUGCUCACGCAGCGGUACACUCUGCAAACCCGUAUACUCCUCUACCAGCAUCCGAUGAGGUGGUCGAGCAAUUUUUCUACAUCAGUGACUAUAAGAGGAGACGUUUUGCAGCAAUGCUCAGCAGGUUAGACCAUUCCGUUGGAGAAGUUACAAAAGCUUUGCAAGAAAACAACAUGUUAGAGAAUACCAUAAUAAUAUUCAGCACGGAUAACGGAGGACCCGCAUCAGGAUUCAAUCUCAACGCCGCCUCAAACUAUCCAUUAAGGGGAGUGAAGAACACGCUAUGGGAAGGGGGAGUGAGGGGAGCUGCCCUGAUAUGGAGUGCUCUCAUAAAUAAAUCUCAGAGGGUCGCUGAUCAGAUGAUGCACGUGUCCGAUUGGUUACCGACUCUGAUAGAAGCUGCAGGAGGAGACGUCAGCAACAUAUCUGAUAUUGACGGAAUUUCAACGUGGACCGCUUUGUCCAAUGAUGAAAAAUCCAAUAGAACUGACGUCCUCCACAACAUAGAUGACAUUUAUGGAAANUCAACCCUCUAAAAUCACAAUCCCAAAUGUUUAGGAACGACAUACGAUGGCACGUGGGACAGUUGGUACGGCCCAAGCGGCAGAGAUUAUAACUACAGCCUAUCUCUGAUUGAAAACUCGGCAGCAGGACAGGCCCUAAGGGCCAUCAAUAAAUCAGCGUCUCGUUUGAAAAUGGAAGCGUUACGAGGGGAGGCGACGAUCGACUGUACGCCGCCAGUGAAUUCUACCGGAAAUUGCUACCCUCUGGAAUCAUCGUGUCUUUUCAAUAUUCUCACGGACCCAUGUGAAACAAACAAUUUGGCUAAUGAAUAUCCCCAUAUUCUCCAAAGUAUGGAAGGGGUUCUAGAACGAUACAACAAAACAGCAGUACCACCAGGAAAUCUACCUUUGGACCCGAGAGGAGAUCCUAAAAAUUGGGAUUAUGUUUGGACUAACUUUGGAGACUACACUGAAUCAACAACAAUGAUAGAUAUAUGAAGCAUUGAAGAUCAUCAAAAUUUUUAUGAAUAUGUACUGAAAACAAAUGUGUCAAAAUCAAAGUAAUAAGAACAUUUUUAGGGGUGGGGUUCAAUGA